AUGCUCUCUGGAAAACGCUCUGGACGAGUGCCGGUGAUUGCCCCACGAGAGGUCUACACGCCGCCGUCGCCUCCAGAGUCGACUCUGCCCAAUGCUACCAAGCUAGAUGUACCACCACCGCGUAUCCGCCUCCCGCCUCGAUCGCGGACAGGUUGCUGGACAUGUCGGAGCCGCAAAGUGAAGUGCGAUGAAAAUCGUCCCAAUUGCGGUCAAUGCGCUCGCCUAGGACACCUCUGUGACUAUAGCCCGCGCCUAUCAUUUCGGGACGACACGCCCCGAGUGAUGGAGCGCAUGUCUGAAGUAUCAACUGCUGGAAACGCAGUUUGGGAUACAUCUAUUCGACUGCAUUCUCCUCCGGUGUCUCCCGGGCUCUAUGACUCCAUGCCCCCAUUCUUUACUCUCACAUCCGACGAGGAGCGGGAGAAGAAGGCAGAGAAUAGUCAUCCCGGUACAUACCACGUUGUCGUGGUCCCUGAUAGCUUCUCAAAUCUUCCCGAAUACUCGGAAGAAUACCCCAUUGAUUUGAAUAGCAAGAGCUUGAAAGUCCGGAGAGGAUCUGCCACCAGCUCGCUGCUCAGUCCAAGGGAUGACCGUGAGAGCAGCAUUGAAACCAAUGAUCCGAACGUUGUCAUUCUAGAUCGGUUUGAAGACAGCAGUCAGCGUUAUUCCGUGUCGCAAUGGAAGAAUAAUAGGCUAUCGCCGACCUCCUCCGUCGUCACCUCUCCACCCACCGCAACAUCCCCACUUCAUUUUCCAUUCGAUAGCCACUUUGUUCACCACCAGGUUCCUGGUGUUGAGCAUGGUAGUCGAGAUGAACAGCUGCUAGUCCACUUCAGGAAUGUGGUGUGGAAGCAGCUCAUCCAAGGCCAAUUCACCCAGGAGCUCUUCUCUCCCUUGUCCAGUCCCAUCAGUCCCAUCAGUCCCGGGGCAGACAUGUUUGAAGACAUUGCAUCUACAUUUCAGCCACUGCUUCAUGCGAUGAUGGCGGUAUCAGCCUUGAGCCUUACUCACCAACAAGGUAGCCAAAGUCUUGAUGCCUUGCAGCAUUAUCAACAAACGUUUUCCUCUCUGCAGACAGCUUUGCAUAGCAGUGAGGAUCUUUACUCGGAUGGCCUUUUUCUAACCCAUUUCCUCCUACUGAUCUAUGAAAUUGCAGCCGCUGAAGAAGGCGGGUCCAACUUGUGGUCUCAUCACAUAUCACAGCUCCUCCAAAUCUCAAUACUAAGGGUAACGACUUUCGGCGCUGAGCGAUAUCCUUAUAUUAUAUGGCUUGUGUGCAACAUCGAUCUUUAUGCCCUUCUCAGUGGCGCUGGUACGGGCGAUUUUAUACGGGCGAUGUGUAAAAAUAAUAUGCUCCCCAAUCCGAAGUGUCAGCUAUAUCCUUUGGCUGCCAACGGCUAUAGUAUAAUUUACCCCGAGGAAAACGACACUCUUCCCCGUGCUUUACAGCUAUACCACGACACUUUCGUGCUUGCCACUCGGUUAGGCUUCCUAGCAGCUGAUAUACGAGGCGAUGAAGUACACUGUGACCGUUCACUAGGCUCGAAUUCUCCAACAGGGGAGAAUACAAAAUGGCUAUACGAAAUCAGAAGCCAUUUGCAACAGCUCUGGAGCUCUCCAGAUGCUCAUUAUCUCUGUCAACACAUGGAAAGUCUUCCACAGCGAUCCCGCGAAAUCUUUCAAAAUGCAAUGACCCUUUAUCAUUCCUGCAUGAUUUACUCCUACACAAGCAUGUGGAGAGGACAGCGACUAGGUCCUGCCAGUGCCUCUGAGAAAAUAAUUAAGGACCAUGCUUCAGCCAUCUUACAGGCGGCAGAAACAAUUGUGCGUACUGAUCGUUUCGACCUUCGUUUCGUCAUUUUCCCUCUCUUUAUGGCAGGUGUGUCCACAUCGUCGGCCGGCCAGAAAAUGAUAGCAAUAGACAUUGUAUCCAGCAUGGAGAAGCAAGGGGUCGGGCGCAAUGCGACCACGACCAGAGAGUUGCUCCAGAUAGUCUAUCAAAGACAAACCGAGGAUCUCAUGACGAUUGGCCACUCGGCCAAUGUCGAGUGGAUGGACGUCAUGGCUCAGCAUGGGCUGCAGGUGGUCAACUUUGGGAUGUGA